AUGGGCAUGCAGUUUCGAGUAGAAGCCAGGAGACUAGACGGAAGUCAAGACGUUGCAAUGGCACCAAGCUCCCAGAUUGUUAUUUCCAGUACGCCAACGAGAGAGAUGAGGGCAAGGGCAGUAGUUAUCGAUAGUGAGAAUGGCUUGCGAGCACCGAAAUUUGCCGUCGUCGCAGCAGAUUCAACAUAUAUCCCUAGUGUUAAUGUCUCCGCGGGCAUGAUGGGACCGCGCCCGUCGCUUAUUCCUCGGCCAUACGAGGUCGUUAUUAAUGAGUUAUUGGCAGAGAAAGAAUUGGAAGCAGAGUACAGGGCUGAGCGGCUGCCUUCACCGGCCAAAAAUGCGGAGAGUGCGGGAGCGUUAGCCGCCUAUAACGCAUCCGAUGGGUGCCACGAGGUUUCAAACGGCAUUGGGCGACUCAUGACAGGAAGCACAACAGCAGAUGAGAUCUGGACAGUCGGCAAUGAGUAUCGCCAGCUAACAAUUUGCUCGUCUUCUGGGAACUUUGAGGCGGAGAAAGUACACGAAGGCAUUGUUAGGGCAGUAUUGCUCGCAUAUACCGUUACAGUUGCUGCGGAGCAAACUUCACCUACAGAUCGUCCGAUGAUUCGCCAAAGACCCAGUCGCAUGAUUGUAGCAACAAAGCGGGACAUACUGGCAUCAGAUGACGUUGUCUUUGGCAGUUCAACAACCAAAGCACCCGCCAGCGCACUGAGCCACCGCAGCGCGACAGACCGGUGUGCGAUACAGCGCAAAGGCGAGGAUAGGCCCGGAGAAUGCAGCCGUAUAAUGUCGACAAUGAAGGUCGGUCCACCUUCUCGCUACAACUACGCCAUGAGCAAGCGCGUGCACCAUCACUACCCCAACGUCAGUCGUAAUGGUGAUGUGAAAAGAUGUGGAGUCGAGUCGCGUCAGCCGCAUUUGGAAGGCGUCGGGUGGCCUCCACGUGGGUAUCCUUGUGACGGCCCGCUCGUAGGGAGUGAUGGAGUGAUAGCAACCCGGGACAAGCUGGGACGGUGCAGAGCCAUGGCCAGUCACGAAAAGCUGCAGCAGAGUCGCAUCCUCUGAAAUGAUGACCUUUUUUUGUGCACCGCUCCCCAACGGCUUGAAGACGG